AUCCCAAACUUAGGACAGACACAAAUGAUGUGAAUAGCCUUAAAAAUAUGAGAUUCUCAACAUUGCAAGAACAAGAGUACGGGGUAGGCUUACCUCAGAAAUCGUUACUUGUGACAAGCGAAACCAUAAUGGCUACUCCAGAUACUAUGGAGUCAAAAGAAAAUAAUGUGUUAGAAGAAGGAUCUGUAGUAUCCAAUCUUCCGUUAUUGUUUGCGAAUGGACACCCAACAUCGUUAGAAAAAAUUACAUUAGCACAAUUGGAACGCUUUAUAGCAUUCAUGGUUCAGUGUUCACUAGGACAUGAUACUACCGAUAUGAUCACUGAACCAAGAUGGUGGCCAAAAGAAGUAAAAUUCUCAAAUCCUCUGAGAAGACCUAAAAGUGUCAACGAUAACUGGGUGGCUAAUUUGAAGAAGUUGGUGUUCAGAUGUUACACGUAUCACAGAAGCGAAUAUUUAUUACGUUUUUGCUCCUAUCUUGCACGAUAUCCACACGAAGACUUAGAAUAUGUUAAUAAUUGGGACUCUACAACAAGUCUUUUUCAUAAAUCUACUGGAAAAUUAUUAGUCACAUUUCGUAACGAGAAUAUGAAUUAUGACAAAAGACAGGAGAGCCCACGAAAGAAACUCCUCUCAUGCAGCGGAGUUGCUUCAUGUUACCCCAAUAAAUUAAAACAGCAGCAACAACAACAGCAUUCCAUUUUAAUGGUGGAGCCACCAGUAGAAGACAUUUAUUUAUGCGACAAUUGCGAUGCUGAAUUUAUAGGCCUAGAAAAAAUGAAGGAUCAUGAGCGUGUGUGCUGCGAACAGGAACAAACCAGACGUAAUUCACGGCCCACAACACCAGACGCACCAAUACCAGAACCUGAAUUAAGACAAGACCAGUUCUUGGAAUAUUUUAAGUUAAAUUCAUCGACAGCCAAUUCAGAAUCAAUUAAAACGAACAAGGAUGUCAAAGUUAACAGUAAUGUCCGUGAACGAAGUUCGCGUCGUGUUCGUGGUUCUAUUAGCUUCGCAAGGUGUGCAAGUAUUCCGUUUUCAUCUCCUGCUGGAAUUAUGUUGGCUAAACGAUCAAAAGCUAUGACAGAAGAAACCCAGCAAGAAAGACUGGAAAGGAUAGAAAGGCAUCUUGUUGCUCCUGUUUUGACUAGUUCGUGUAGACCUAAAUGGUUAGAAGCAGAGUUUCAUCAUGACAGAUGGAUUGUUACAUACAAACCGAACAAAGAAAAAACUGUAGACUAUGUGCACCAAUACAAAUUUGUAAACUCUGUUAAGAGAAAGCCAAUGUUGAGUAUACAUUCACAAUUGUUAUACCUUGCUUGUCGGCCUGUAUGCGUUUUUCUGACACGGUUGACCGAAGAACACAUAAACAGUCUCAAACGAGAUCCAUUAAAAGACGGGUGUUCCGAUCAAGAGUCAUCGGCCGAUUGCGAGGAAUCGCUGACCAAAACGAUAGAAAAUCUUACACCAAACGUUCCGUCGAAACGCAAAGCUCCAAGUGAUGAGAACGAUUCAAACGCGAUGGAGAGUGAUGGCGAUAUACUUAGUAACGAGGCAAGUGUUGGAAAUUUAUCUGUUUCUGAUGUCGCAGAACGCUGCGAUGAAACGACUAUAACUGUAGUUAAACCUAUGCAAGAAACAGUUUUCUGCACAAAUACAUCAAACAGGAUUACAGUGAUCGACCUUUGUUCAUCGGACGAAGAAGAUUCAGUUGUACCCGUACUUUCAGAUGAAAAUAGGAAUCCACUGAACGAUAUCGCCUAUGACGUGACAGAAUCUUUAUUACAGCAAUUUUCCUCGGCGAACUUUCAUCUGCCAUCUCACAUGUGUCCAAUGGAUCAAACGGGUGGCUGGUUGUCUGACAACAUCUUAAACAAGGGUAGCGUUGGUGCAUGUGCAUUGUAA